AUGCUGCGCACCCCAACGUCGAGCGCGCUGCUGCGCAACGCCGCACGCCGCGCUGCCCGGCCCUCGGUCGCCUGCCGUGCCGCCUCAACCACCCACGCCAUCUCCAACCCGACGCUGGCGAACAUCGAGAAGAGAUGGGAGGGCCUGCCCAUGCAGGAGCAGGCUGAACUGUGGAUGGCUCUGCGCGACCGCAUGAAGGAGAGCUGGACCGAGCUUACCCUGUCGGAGAAGAAAGCCGCCUACUGGAUCGCCUUUGGCGCUCACGGCCCUCGAUCCCUUCCCCCUCCGGGCGAGGGCAAGAAGGUCGCUCUCUACACGGCCAUCGGCUUGGGAGUCAGCUUGGCCAUCUUCGGAACCCUGAGGCUCUUCGCCAAGCCGCCACCGCACACCAUGACCAAGGAGUACCAGGAGCUGACGAAUGAGUACCUGAAGGCUCAGAACUCGGACCCGUUGACGGGCAUUUCGUCAGAAGGCUACUCUGGCAAGGGCCACGUCCAGUCUCCCUCCUCCAAGGCAUAG